GUUCAGUCUCGAGUUGCCUGAGCACGCUGGUCUGCCAUGCAUACAAAACUGCUAGUCUUGGGGCUCACCCUCUUUGCGAUUUCCACCACAAAGUUCUCCGUUGACGCAGCUCUGGACUGUGAUAACAAAGUGGACAAUGCCCAGGUCACUUUGCGCCUCCGACAAGACUUGUUCUGCAAUUACGAUCCCGUAAUUCGUCCGAUAUACAUGGAUGGAUUGAAAUCGCUGGUGUUAAUCAGUUUACAUCCAAGAUACAUCGAUUUUGAUGACAGCACAAAUACCUUCACGCUGCAGGCUUGGUUGGAAUUGUAUUGGUGGGAUGAAAAUCUGGCAUGGUAUUCGAAACGUUAUGCCCGUGACGUGACUGCACUGAAGGUUUCUAGCGAUGAAAUUUGGAAACCGCCGAUAAGUCUCUACAAUUCUGCAGACGUUGGCUAUAACAGAGAGAACAUAAUACCAAAAACUAGAUGUAUUCUCAAUUUAUUUGGGCAUAUGGUCUGUCGACCGUUGGUGAAGUUCGUCUCACAUUGCGCUUCGGACUACCGAUACUGGCCGUUUGACAGGCAUAAUUGUACAAUGUUUGUUGGUUCUUGGAUCUACAAAGAGAAGGACAUCCGGAUCAUUCAAGGUCUGGAUCAGACCUUCAACUUGACGGAAUCGACAUUCUAUGAUUUCAUACCCAACAACGAGUGGAAGAUGCUGUCCAUUGACAGUUCAUCGAGAGUGGACGGGUUUCCAAAGUUCAAUUACACGUUUCCAACGAUAGUGUACAGCGUAAUAAUUGAACGACACUCAACCUUUAUGCAGACCACAAUCCUUGCCCCUGCAGUUCUACUGAUCAUCAUGACACUGACUGUGCUCUGGUUAGAUCCAGAUGCCAUUGAACGGUUGGUACUGGCUAUCCUCAACUUGAUCUGUCAUUUGAUCUGCGUUAUGGACGUGAAUUGGAAAGUGCCUAGCAACGGUUUGACGACACCCUUGAUAUUGGUAUUCCAUCACAGUUCCAUGGUUAUCGCCAGUUUCGCCCUUUUCAUGACGGUCGCCUUGCGUCAGUUGAAGGAAUUCUCGAUAACCGCCCCUGAUUGGGUGGUAUCCGUAUCUUCUACAAUGACCAAAAUUGGCUGGUCCUUCCCGAUGACAAGUUUGAACCCGGAAGCUGCCGCACCACUCGAAACAGAGGAAAACGGUGUCGGAUCGGAGACCUCGAAUGGAUCCUCGGUUAAAUUUGAUUCCAAAAGCUCUGACGCAUGGCGAUAUCUAGCCACCUUACUGAAUCGACUGGCUUUUGCCUUCGUGCUUUUAGCGUAUAUAAUCAUGAUACAUGUCCUCGUACCCAAGGACGACAUUAACGGGGUCCCCGAUGCUCUUCCUCGCUUGAAAAACUUUCCACUCUAGUAACUACGUCUUUGAGUAGAAUUAGUAUAAUUACAAACAACAAACCUAUGAAAAAUUUCUUCAUUUAGUUCUGUAUAUACAAGAAAGUUAGACGGAUGCCUUUUUGCAUGUGUACUUUUGGGAAUCACGUUAUAAUAAUGGAUAAUAAAUAUUUGACCUGAAUCAAUAAA